GUUUGGGUUCCGCUCUGGCCACACCGACCAAGCAUAAAUAAACAUGUCGCUGAUAAAAAACCUAAUAAAGGAGCCCGAGAUCAAGCCAAGGAAAAAGAAGAAGGAUGCGGGAUCUGGCGACAGCGACUCUGACGAUAAGGACAAAGCCCCGCGUUCCUUCGUCAAAACCGCCACGGACCUGCAACGGCUGAAACUGGAAAAGCUGAUGAAGAAUCCAGACAAGCCCGUGGUGAUCCCUGAGCAGCGGAGGGAGAGAGACUACAUGUCCUCUGUGCCCACCUUUGUUAGGAACGUAAUGGGAAGCAGUGCCGGAGCCGGAUCUGGAGAGUUCCAUGUCUAUCGCCACCUGCGCCGCAAGGAGUACGCCCGCCAAAAGAACAUACAGAAUCAGAGCGCUCGAGAAGCUGCUGACGACGCCUACCAACAAAAGCUGGAGGACAACCGCAAGGCAGCCGAGGAAAAGACUGCAAAGAAACGGGCCAAGCGGCAGAAGAAGAAGCUGCGAGCAAAAAAGCCGCGAGAGGCCAAGAAACCCGAAGCCAAGGAGGUCUCGGAGUCUAGUGGAAGUGCUUCUGAGGAUGAGGAAGCCAAGGAGAGCGCGGAAAAAUUAGAAGCCACAAACGAGAAGGACGAAGAGGAAUCAAAGUCGGACGCUGAGGAGACAAACCCACCAGAAAGGGAAGUAGUUGCUGAAGAACCACUCGAUGAGGACAAGACCCCAGAACGUAAAGCUGAAGAACCUACUAAUGAGAGCUAA